AUAUCUGAUCCACAUUCAUUGUCUAUACCAUAACCUAUGGCAUUCCUGGUCACAUGCAAAAAAAAAAAAAAAUGGCUAAAAGAUGGAGUCUUGAAGGUAUGACUGCUCUGGUGACCGGAGGAGCCAGCGGAAUCGGGUAUGCCAUAGUAGAGGAGUUAGCUAGUUUUGGUGCUAAAAUCCAUGUAUGUGACAUAUCUGAAACACUGCUUAAUCAAAGUUUUAGCGAAUGGAAAAACAAAGGGUUUCUUCAAGUGAGUAUCUCAGUUUGUGAUGUAUCCUUGCACACUGAGAGAGAAACGUUAAUGCAAACUGUCUCCUCGUUGUUUGAUGGCAAACUCAACAUUUUCGUAAACAACGUGGGAGUACUUCGCGGAAAGCCAACAACAGAAUAUGACAAAGAAGAUUUCGCUUUUCAUUUCUCAACAAACUUGGAACCUCCUUUCCAUUUUUGCCAGCUUUCACAUCCUCUCCUAAAGGCCUCAAGCUAUGGAAGCAUCGUGUUCCUGUCCUCUGUGGCAGGGAUUGUAUCCAUUGACGGUAACUCCAUUUAUGGUCUAACGAAAGGAGCUCUGAAUCAGCUAGCUAGAAACUUGGCUUGUGAAUGGGCAAAAGAUGGCAUAAGAGCCAACGCUGUUGCACCUAAUAUAAUCAAGACUCCUCUGUCUCAACCUUAUCUUGAGGACGUUAGUUUCAAGGAGGGAUUGUUUGGUAGAACUCCACUUGGUCGCGCUGGAGAGCCGAAUGAAGUUGCAUCAAUAGUGGUCUUCUUGUGUCUACCUGCUGCUUCUUACAUCACAGGUCAAACCAUUUGUGUUGAUGGAGGUCUCACUGUUAAUGGCUUCUCCUAUCAACCACAUGCUUAAGUCAGAUCUUCUUUAUUUGUGGACAGACUCAUUAAUAACAGAUAUUAUUGUAUUCUCUACAAAGGACAACCAAAAUCUUGUCUUCAAUUUGUAUUCAGCCGUGCUUUGAAGAAAUGAAAAGGUAUUGCAAUGCGCUA